AUGGAUAAGGUAUUCGACCGAUUAAAUGCGUACGAAUACAUUGAUCUUGGCGAAGUCAACGACCAAACGUGGAAGAGAUUGGUGUCGUUCAUUUCCGAAGGUGCGAUUGGGAAAGAAUACGUGACGAAUCUUCGUAAUGAGGAUUUUCGAAAACUGCUGAACGCACCGAAAAAACCGGUGGCUGAAACGUCUGUGUCGAGCGACACGUCACAUUCCUUUACUCAUAGACACCAGGCAAAAGCCGAUAAGAAGAAGGGUGGAGGUGGUCACAAACACAAAAAGGAAAGACUUGAACACAAUGAAGAUGAGGCGACUCUGAAAGAAAUUCUCAAAAACUAUCGUGAUCGAGCACUGGAACGUCGUCUGAAAGGAAAUGAUGACAGCGAUGAAAUAGUAAAACUGGCAGCUGCGUAUCGUGCCAUGCCUGGAGAUGCACGAGCAAUUUCAGAUAAAGCGAAUCUGAGAAGACAGGCAAUUGAGGUAGAUUUGUUGAAGAUUCGUAGCCUACACCGGUUACGUGCGUCGUUAGUUCUGCCGCUUUAUAUGUGCUUAUUCUCUGCCAUAAAGGAAUCCAAAUACCUUGGAGGAGAUAUGGAGCACACUCACUUGGUAAAGGGUCUCGAUUAUUCCCUGCUGAACAAGGUUCGAAGUGAAAUCAACAAGUCGCAAGCAGAAGCGGACACUGUUGAUGAGUUGGAAAUUGCUUUUGAUCAGAAGGGAGUGGAUGCUGUUGAAAAAAUGUCCGAAAAUAAGAUGGUUCGUGGUAUGCAUCGCAUUUUGUUUAAAAACGAGCUACCUCUGAGGAACGAAUUGUUCGGAAAAGGAAGAAUGGCAUACGUUGUUGAUAUGGAAGAUGAAGACAGCGAUAUUCCAACCACAUUGCUAAGAUCAGUACAUGAUUGUCCGAAGGCUGAAUCAAAUGCAAAUAUCAAUGCGAACAACAUGCUUAUCUCAAAGCUCACUCAGGCUUGCUUUGACUUAGUGUUGUCAUACCUCCGUUCUGAUCACAAAAAGAAGAAAAAGCCAGAUAUGACGGAAGAAGAAAUUAAGAAGUACCAGUCACAGAACAUCUAUGAUAACGAGACAGAAUAUGCUCCAAAGAAGGAUAAAGAGAGAGAUCGACGAGAUAGGGACAGAGAACAGAAGAAAGAUAGGAGCUAUUUUGACUCUAAGGACGACCGCUAUAAACGAGAUGGUGAUCGUGAUAGGCGGGACAAAGAUCGGGAUAGGCGUGGCGGACGUGAGUACGACCGACGUGAUCGUGACCGUGACAGGGAACGAGAGCGUGAACGUGAACGCGAAAGAGAUCGCGAUCGUGAGAAAGAGCGUAAAGAAAAAGAGGAAAAAGAUAAGGAAAAGCGUCUAGAAGAGAAGAUGGAAAAGAGGAGACGAGAAGCUGAAGGCGGAGGAUAUGACGAAUGUUAUCCGGGUGGAAUGGCGGAGAUGGGCGGCGGCUGGGAUUCAGACGAAGAGGACUUGACAAUGAUGGACAUGGGCGCCAAGAAAUCGUCGAUCAAACGAUGGGAAUUUGAUAACGAUGAUGAUUACGAGAAGUUCCAGGGUGCUCGAGAAGCAAUGCCAAAAGCGGCGUAUCAGUAUGGUGUAAAGACAGGUGACGGACGGAAGACAAGAAAGAGUGCUGACGUUAACAAGAAGAUCGACAAAGAGCUGAAUCAGAUUACUAAGUUGAUUGAGAAGCGCAGAAGUGGAAUGGAGGAGGAAAGAGACUACAAGCGCCCAAAAUAUUGA